AUGUCUAAAAAAGUAUUUAAUCAUAUAGUUGCAGAAAUUAAAGAAGCUAAAUAUUUUGCACUUAUUACGGAUUCAACGCCAGAUAUUUCUCACGAAGACCAAUUACCCAUAAUUUGUCGUUAUUGUUUACACGGUCAAGUAUAUGAACGAUUUCUACAAUUUUUGCCAAUAUCAAGUCACACAGGAGAGUCACUUUGUAAAGUAACAUUGGAAGUGCUAGAAGCCAAUGAUAUUUCUAUUAGUAACUGUAGAGGUCAGUCUUACGAUAAUGCUAGCAACAUGUCUGGAAAGUAUGUUGGAGUACAAGCUCGCAUACAAGAGUUAAAUUUGCUAGCCUUGUAUGUUCCCCGUGUUGGUCAUUCUCUAAAUUUGGUUGGAAAGAAUAGCGUUAAUGUAUGCAUUGAAGCUAUAAGUUUUUUUGGAUUUAUAGCUAAUCUUUACGCUUUCUUUGUGGCAUCUCCGCAUCGAUGGGAGAUUUUGUUGAACAAUUCUGAUUCGACUCUGGAAAGUUUGUCUAAAACAAGGUGGUCUUGCCGCGAUGAUGCAACUUCUGCUUCAUUUUUUAAUUAUUCACAGAUAUACGAUGCUCUGUCUGGUUUUGUUGAAAGUGACGAUGAAAAUGCCGAUACUAGAUUUGAUGCACGCAAUCUUAAAAAUCAAAUGGAGAAACUAGAAAUAGCUUUCAUGACUCAAUUUUGGCACGAAGUUCUUGAUCGUUUCAAUAAAACAAGCAAGUUUUUGCAGACGGCAGAGCUAGAUUUGGUUGCUGGUGACAAAAUGUUACAAUCGUUAACCGAAUUUAUUAAUGAAAUGCGAAAUAAGUUCGAUGAAAUUCAAAAAAAAUGCCAAGAAGUUAGGAUGUUUUGUUAG